GUUUCGCUUGACUGAACGUUUGUUUACGCUCUCGACACUUUAGCGUAUAAUCGCAGAGAGUGAAAUGUCUUCAUCAUCGACAGAUCACGUCAUAACUAAUUCCGCAAAUAUGCUUCUCGAAUCAUUUGGAGAAUCUUCGUCUUGUUCCAGUGUUGAUAGCAGAAUAACACUUUACUCCGGAAAUUUAAAGAGUGAAACUACAAUAGACGCGUUCUGUGCUGGAUGCGGAGAAUUGAUAACGUGUCGGUAUUUGCUUAAAGUAAGUGGAGAAACUUGGCAUUCAACUUGUCUACGGUGCUGUAUAUGUCAAACGACCUUGGACAGACAUACCUCGUGUUACAUUAAAGAAGACCAUAUCUACUGCAAGCUGGAUUACUUAAGACAUUUUGGAACUAAAUGUUCCAAAUGCGAUCGAAAUAUCCAACCAAAAGAUUGGGUACGACGAGCUCGUGAAAAUGUCUACCAUUUGGCCUGUUUUGCUUGUGAUGCUUGUAAGCGUCAGCUAUCUACUGGGGAAGAAUUUGCUUUGCACGAAAACAAAGUCUUGUGUAAAACUCACUACAUAGAAUUGUUGGAAGGUGGAGGACAGAGCGACGGAGACGCUUCCCCGCACAAAACGAAAUCCAAAAGAGUACGAACGACCUUUAGUGAAGAACAAUUACAAGUUUUACAAGCAAAUUUCCAAUUGGAUUCUAAUCCAGAUGGACAGGACCUCGAACGAAUUGCCCUUGCGACGGGAUUAAGUAAAAGAGUGACUCAAGUUUGGUUUCAAAAUUCCCGAGCCAGGCAAAAGAAGCAUCAAGCCGCAGUGGUAAACGGUUCGGUUCCGUCGCCUACUCCCUCAAUCAUGUCCGCGCAGUCAGGCGGUAAGCAUAACAUUUGUCUCAACAAUCGAGCUAAUUGCAGUCAUUGACCAUCCACCGCGAGGCACUCUACUGCAAAAAUGCGUGAUUGGAGCGUGACGACAGGCUAAUGACGCCCUACUGCAGUCGCUUGAUUGCGCUGACGCCUCAAAUUGGCCGCGAUCGAUGUUGCGUUCUGAUUACAGACGUCUUAGGCGUCCGUUGCAAAAUUAUAAGGAACGUCUAUAAGUUACUAAGACAAGUUUUGGGCGUCGCGCCAUUAUGUAGAAUACGC